AUGAAGAUCGUAUGGGAUGAAGAUCGUCCAUACAUCGCUAGUUCUCACUUUAAUCGAAAAUUUCGCGUCGGAGAUAAAGUCUACCUGUUAGGCUCCGAUGGAUCUCGUGAUGGCCCUUACCUUGUGGCAUUGGUAAUCUCGGAGCAGGAGUGUAUCCUUAGCCUCGAAAAUGGUCAGACUGCCAAGGAUGGCGAGGUGAUAAACAUGGCGAAGCUCGAGACUGCAUGA